GAGACCUCAUAAGGAAGAUCUUAAGAGGGACUUCGAGGCAUUUUCCACGGAAGUAGGUGCCAUGAAAUUACUCUACCUUCUCAUCUCUGUUGUUCUCUUGAUUUCUCAAGUCAUGGCAGCUCCUGAAGGCUGUAAACAGGAAGGACAGACUGAGUGGAAAGAUUUUGUACGGACGAAAGGUGCCUUCAUCCACUUCUUCAACAACGAUUACGGGCACCAUUAUUGUGACUCUCCUACAAGUGUCUGCCUGAGGAGGAGAACAAACUGUACUCGUAUGCCGGGGUUGUGCCCUGGCAGGAGCUUCUGCUGUGUGAGAACAUGACCUGAGAAAUUUACCUUCCCCAUCCUUCCUGAAUAAAACCAGAACACUGAAACCCUCAA